AUGUUAACAUUUUUAGAAGAAUUUAAAUGCUCUCUUCCCGAAGUGGAGACAAUUGAUGGAAAUCUGGAUAUAUCGAGAUUCAGAUCAGACUUUUCUAAGAUAUCUGAGGUUAAAUUUCCGGGACUUAUCGGACCUUUAAACGAGCGUCUCAUUUGCAAAAUAAAAUGUAUAGAUGGAAAUUGGGUUGGACCACUCUGUUCUUCAACGCCAAAUGGUAGAUUUAAACCCAUUCUUCGAGAAUGUCUGUACAGAAUGAAGGAUCCUCUCCUCGCCAUUUCAUACAAGAAUGGUUCUAUUUUAACGGACACAUAUUUUCCGCACGGCUCGACAAUUGUAGUUCGCUGCAAACACUUUGGCCUAUACAAGCUAACAGGUGACAACACUUUACGAUGCGAGAACGGCGAGUGGGAACCCAAAUGGCCCAUCUGUGUGCCAACAUCUAUGAUCACCAACUAUACAGGUGGGGCGCCUCCAACAAUACAGUAUCUUGCGGCAUCUGGGUCAGCCAUUGUGGAGUUAAGUGGAGAGCUGUACACUUAUCCAGGGACAACCUUGUGGUUAGACUGCCUCUGGCCCAGAAGCCAGGGGAAGCCGGAUUGGAGCUGGAGAGACAACUAUCGACACCAGGCCUCGUGGGUGAGUGCAACGGGUGAGGUGGAACUUCACUACAGGCUGGUGCUGACUCGGAUGUCCCACCAUCACAGUGGACCUUACACAUGCACUGCACCAACUGGCACCACUAACACUGUCCUCGUUAGAGUUGUUAAUGUGGUAUGCCCUCUAAUGAAUGUGUCUUCGCCUCGUCUCCGUGAAUCAGCUCAGGGCUCUCAACUGGGUAAUGCUGUCCACUUUAGCUGCGAACCAGGCUACCAUCUCAAUGGAUCAGCUGUUGUAUAUUGUAUGGGUGAUGGUCGCUGGUCUUCAGAACCGCCGACGUGUGUGGAAACGUUUUGUCCCCAUCCACCCCCCGGGCCCCAGUUGUCGGUUGUAGAGUAUAACUCUUCGUACGGUGGUCGUGUUGUGUUCGCGUGCUCCUGGGGUUAUCGUCUGCGGGGUCCACCAGGCUUGGAGUGUGAACAGGACGGCAAAUGGUCAGGGGAAAUUCCACAUUGUGUUCCAAUAUACUGCCCGGAUCCAUUAGUACCAGAGAACGGAAGACUUUUGAACACAUUGUCUAAAGAUGGCAAGUAUCCAGUUGGAGAUCUCAUCAUGUACGCUUGUGGGGAUGGUUUAGAGAUUGUUGGGGAAUCAUCUAUUGUAUGUACAGAAAAUGGUUUCUGGUCUCAUCCCCCACCAUUCUGUCUUCCUCCCUCAGAAAUAAAGAAAACUGACACUAUUUAUAUAGACAACACCACCCUUGUUAACUUCGAAGAAUAG